GGGAGCCAGGCCCCAGCGUCCCGGAGCGGGCCUUCUGGAGGCUCGCGCGGGAGGACCUGCCGGGCCCCGGCCCCGAGCGGUCCCCGAAGCCCGCCGCGUUCCCGGGCCGCCCGAACCCCAUGCCCGGCGGCCGCUGGCCUGUGCUGCGGCUGGAGCGCGCGCGGGGGCCCGGCUCUGCAUGGCCCCGGCUGCUGACAUGACUUCGGUGCCGCUCGGUGUCAAAGUGGAGGACUCCGCUUUCGGCAAGCCGGCCGGGGGAGGCGCGGGCCCGGCCCCCGCCACGGCCACGGCCGCGGCCUCGGCCUCGGCGGCCGCCAUGGGCGCCGAGGAGGAGGGGGCCAAGCCCAAAGUGUCCCCCUCGCUCCUGCCCUUCAGUGUGGAGGCGCUCAUGGCCGAUCACAGGAAGCCCGGGGCCAAGGAGAGCGCCCUGGCGGCCUCGGAGGGCGCGCCGCCCGCGGCGGGCGGCUCCGCGCAGCCCCUGGGCGCCCGACCCGGGUCGCUGGGCGCCCCGGAUGCGCCCUCCUCGCCGCGGCCGCUCGGCCAUUUUUCGGUGGGAGGACUCCUGAAGCUGCCAGAAGAUGCGCUGGUCAAAGCCGAGAGCCCCGAGAAGCCCGAGAGAACCCCGUGGAUGCAGACCCCCCGCUUCUCCCCGCCCCCGGCCAGACGGCUGAGCCCCCCGGCCUGCACCCUGCGAAAGCACAAGACCAACCGCAAGCCGCGGACGCCCUUCACCACGGCGCAGCUGCUGGCGCUCGAGCGCAAGUUCCGCCAGAAGCAGUACCUCUCCAUCGCCGAGCGCGCCGAGUUCUCCAGCUCGCUCAGCCUCACCGAGACGCAGGUGAAGAUCUGGUUCCAGAACCGCCGCGCCAAGGCCAAGAGACUGCAGGAGGCCGAGCUGGAGAAGCUCAAGAUGGCAGCCAAGCCCAUGCUGCCCCCGGCCGCCUUCGGCCUCUCCUUCCCCCUGGGCGGCCCGGCGGCCGUGGCCGCGGCCGCGGGGGCCUCGCUCUACAGCGCCUCGGGCCCCUUCCAGCGCGCCGCGCUGCCCGUGGCGCCCGUGGGACUCUACACGGCCCACGUAGGCUACAGCAUGUACCACCUCACAUAGAUGGGGCCCCGGGUCUCCCCACUCCGGUGCCAGCCAUGCCUCUUCCGGCGGGAGAGCAUCACUCUGCACCCUUUCUCUUUAAACCCCAGCUCCUGUGCUUCCGGUUGCUUCCUGAAUUCUCCCCGCCCCCCCCCCCCAAGUCUGAUCCCCUUCCAAAAAGUGCCUGGAAGGGUCUCUUAGAAUGCUUCUAGAACCUAGGCCUCCGCACCCGCACCCGCCAGCUACAGACGGAGAAACCGAGGCCCCAGAGGCUCUGUUGUAUUCAAGAUCCCUAAUAGAAUUGACAGACUGAAGGGGACUAGAGAACACAUCUCCCAUGUUAGCUGCUUCCCGGCGUGACGGACACCACGCUGGAAAUGCGGGAUUCGUAAACGGGGACAGUCGGGACACAGAAGACUGAAGGGGAGAUGGAUCCCAGGGCCUGGCCCUGGGAAACGAAGUCUCAGCAGCAACACCUUGCUCUGUCUGUGUGCGUGCGUGCGCGCG